AUGGCAUUUGGAAUCCCUAUACUGACCUGUAUCUCAAGUCUUACAGUGCCCAACAUGCCCGCUAUCACCGUCAGGUUUCUCGGCCUCGCCGCCCUGUCAGCCGUCAUCCUCCUCAACAUCCCCAAUACUCGAGCCAUGAUCCACAUCGGCCAUUUCUUUUCCGGCCCGUCGCUGACACAAGCCGAUAUUGCGUCGACCAGAGGCCAAGACCAGUUCAUCCCCAAGAUCAUCCACCAAAUCUACCACAACUGGGAUGACCCAAGUAACGAGACCGCUCCCGACGACUUCGAUGCCACGCGUCAAAGCUGCACCACAACAAAUCCCGACUUCGAGUACCGUCUAUGGACAGCCAAUUCCUCCCGCCAGUUUAUCGAGACACACUACGAAUGGUUCCUUCAGACUUACGACUCAUAUCCAUGUCAUACCCAACGGCUCAAUACUCUUCGCUACUUCCUGAUGCGCCAUUGCGGUGGCAUCUAUAUGGAUCUCGAAUACACGUGUUCCCGAGACCUCAAGCCCCUCCUCUACUUACCCUCGUGGGUCAUGGGCCGCGGCCACGGCAUCACUGGUGCGAGACCUGAUCAUCCUUACUGGAUCAUGAUGAUCGAAUCUCUGAUUCCUCGAGGACACCGUUCGAUCACGCACAGCGGCGGCCCGGAGUUCGAGAGCUCCAUCUGGAAGAAGUAUCAUGCACAGCUGCCCACCAAGCCUAGAAAGCAGGACCGCGUCUACCGUAUCAAGAUGGGUAACCAAGAGGAGGUCUUUUUCAAGUCGAAUGGGCGAUUCAAGCACGUCUGGGAUGACAGCUUUGGAUACGUCGCCUCGACCAAAUCCCUUCUCGGGUGUCUGUUGCUCUUUGCCGUAUUCACCCUACGGUUGGCACGCUCGUGGCAAGCAAGAAAGACGUAUCAACGCGAAUACCUGAAGCUGCUGCCGGCAAAAGAUCAAGGGGGAGGAUACGGGACGGUUUGA